UCGAUAAAUUAAUUUUGAAAUUGCAUGUUUUCAACACAUUUUCUUUUUUUUGCAUAGUUCAAAGCUUCUAUGCAUGAUAAUUUUAUCAUUUAUUGCCUGUAAUUUCAAAUUAUACUUUGACAAAAAUAUUAAUCAACAACAGUAAUACGAAUGAUUGUUUUUGUCAAUGCCGCGUAUUUCUUUGAAAUCGAUAAGAGGAUUGGAAAAUAUAAAAUGUAUUAAGGACGCGUACGCACGUUAAAAUUACAGUGUAGUCAUAGACAUAUUUUUUUGUCACAAUUAUCUUUAUUCUAAACUAUUAUGUGUUAUAUUUGAUGCGCCAAUUGCUAGUUUGUUGCAACGAUAUUAUAAAAAUUCAUCGUCAAUUUUUGAUUUAUUUUAUGUGUGAUUCAUUGAGAUCUUCGUGUAAUCUUGAUACGAAAAUUCGUAAUACUGGUAACGAAUAACCAAUAGUUAAAAAUUUGCAAGAUGUACGCAAGACGUAAAUAUCCGUCCUAUCAUUAACGAUAAACAAAAUUUGUGUAAAUUUUCAUAAAAAUGCAAUCCUCGAUUACAACUAACAAUAAAUCAAUUACUAUUAUAAAAUAUAACUAAUGAUUAACCCCUGAUAUAUUAAUUUUUGAACGCAAUCAAAGCAAUUAAUCUAAAUAUAUAUGCAUAUCAAGAUUUUCUUUCCACAAAAUAAAAACAAGCUUUCAACUUUACAGAGCUAUGAUCUUAUGAGAAAUUUAUUUAACAUGUAACGUUAUGCAAAUAUAAAUAUACAAGAUGAUCAAGUUGCUUGUUUGUGAAUAUUUUAUUACAAAAUUCCGUUCUGUGUGAAUAAUCUGCAUUUAUACAUUAUGCAUUAAAUGAGUAAAUAAAAUUAAUUCUGUCGCUUUUAUUCUCUCUUAUUUUUAUUGCUACGAUACACGUUCAUAAUAAUUAGCAGAGCAUAUACACAUGCAAUAGAUAUAGAUAUUGAGCGUGUAACGCCCCUUUUCAAUUUUUUAUAUUAUUCCAAUUACAGCAAUUAAAGUCAUGAAAACAAUUCAUAAUGUAGUAUAAGAAGUGAUCUUGAACAUGGCGAUUAAUUAAAUCAAUGAUUUAAAUUGCAUAUGAGGGAAUUUAUGAGCUGCUAGACACGAUCGAUAUCUGUGCAAUGGUGUCAAAACAAUAGAUUCUAGAGACUAACUUGCAUCUAGUUUCCUUUUCACUCGUGGGUCACAAUCGCGUCGUCGUCACCUUUAAAAUUUAUUCGGUAUUUUAUUUGUACAAACCGUGAUGCGGGCGGUCAUGGUAGUCACGUUAUGUAUGACUGUGGCGUAAUGAGUGCUCGUUCUAAGAGUCAUGCUAUACAUAUACCGAUAGGGAGACAGUUACAGCUGUGCGGGAGCAUCUAAUGUUAUUUCCGAGUCAGUCUGUUGCCGCUACUGGUAGCGUACUACUGGUAGUCUUCGCUGACUAAAGUUCAUGGUUCGUAUAUCUGGUAAAGUAGUUGUGUUAAUCGGUAGACCACGUUGUGCCUCAUCGAUGUGACAACGUCUAUUGUUUGCAAAUCACCGAUGCCGCCAUAUUUCCGUUUAAUGACUACGUUGAAGAAGUGACGCGCGAAGAGCAAAAUUCAAGUAUUUUAGAGGACCAUUCGACAAUUCGCAUUUAUCACUCGUUUUACUCUUCCUGGCCGAUACCGAACAAUUUCUUGCUUUGAAAAGAGGAUAUAUCAGAUAAUGACAAUUGCAAGUUGGAGAUAAAUCGUUCUUGAAACUCAGGUGGAAAAUCAUAAUUAUGAAACCUACUGCAAGAAACAACAUGAAGGAAGUCGAUAACAGUGAAAUUGCAGAAAAGACCCUUGGUCAUGACAAAAAUUUUAUACGUACUAUGUUAUAUACAUCAAAAAUGGCCGCGGUGGACAUCGAGUUCAAUGAUUUGACGUAUGCAGUGCGAAGCUCUCGAAAAGAAUCAAAGAUGCUUUUAAAAGGAAUUAGCGGACAAUUCAAAUCGGGUGAGAUAACAGCGAUUAUGGGUCCUUCUGGUGCCGGAAAAUCGACGUUACUCAAUGUUCUCGCCGGAUACAAAUACACGGACACAAGUAGCUCAAUAAAUAUCAAUGGAAAGCCGCGGAACAUGCAGGAAUUCAAGAAGAUGUCGUGUUACAUCAUGCAAGAGGAUCUCGUGCAACCGAAACUUACGGUUAUGGAAGCGAUGUCCUUCGCUGCAGACUUAAAACUCGGCAGAAAAAAAUCGCAAUCCGAAAAACGUAUCGCCAUAAACGAGAUUCUGGCUACACUUCGAUUGUCCGAAACACAAGACACGUUUAUGGAACGACUCUCCGGAGGCGAAAGGAAGAGGCUGAUAAUCGGACUUGAAUUAGUAAAUAACCCACCUGUGAUUUUUCUGGAUGAACCGACCACCGGAUUAGACGAGUUGUCCUCUUUUUAUUGCAUCGAUAGUCUUCAAAAGCUGGCACGUUUCGGACGAAAUGUUAUAUGCUCGAUACAUACUCCCAGCGCAAGUAUAUUUAACAGAUUUGAUCACGUCUACAUCUUGACUGCCGGAGAAUGUGCUUAUAGGGGCACCUCGGAUAACGUAUUGCCAUUCCUACAAAGCAUAGGUCUAGAAUGCCCGAAGCAUUACAAUCCGGCGGACUUCGUAAUAGAAACCUGCUCGGGCGAUUAUGGUUCCGAUCUGAUCGAACAAAUGAUUACUUGCGUCAAGAAGUUACCGAUUCUUCCAAUUUCUCGAGCGAAGUAUGAACUCGAGCUUGAUACGCAGAAUCCGAAAGUCUUUUGGCUCGAUCAAUUCAAAACGCUAAUCAAGAGAAUGAUAUUGCAGCUUUAUCGAAAUAGAAAUUACAUCUAUCUGAAGAUAUCGCUACAUAUUUUUUUGGGACUAAUAAUUGGCUUACUGUUUUUGAAUAUGGGCAAUGACGGCUCCAGGGCCCUGUUCAAUUUUGGCUUUUGCUUCGCGUGCCUAAUAGUAUUUCUGUACAUACCCAUGCUACCAGUAUUAAUGCAUUUUCCUCGUGAAAUUAAAGUAAUGAAGCGAGAGUACUUCAACAGAUGGUACAAUUUUAGCGCAUACUACUGGGCCAUAAAUGUAACUAGUAUACCUAUACAGAUACUGUUAGGAUUUAUAUAUCUUUCAAUGGUCUACCUCAUUACGGGUCAACCCCUGGAGUGGCAUAGAUGCAUCAUGUUCUUUAGUACUUGCUUCAUCUGCGCCUUCAUCGGGGAGAGUAUAGGACAUAAUAUUGCUAGCAUAUUCAACUCCGUAAAUAGUGUGUUUAUCGGGCCGGCGAUAACUUGUGCCAUGAUUUUAACCUCAGUACAAGGUUUUGGAGAUUCCACUCCUCUACCAAUUUAUCGAACGUUAUUCAUGUAUGCCAGUCAUAUUCGAUAUGGACUGGAGGCUCUCACAGUAGCCAUAUAUGGUUUUAAUAGACCGAGAUUACCUUGCCCAGUGGAAGAAGUGUAUUGUCAUUUCAGUUCGCCCAAAGAGAUUUUUCGAACAAUAGGUCUAGAAAAUGCUCCAAAUUAUUGGCUGGAUAUGCUAGCUCUUAUUAUUAUAUUUAUUAUUUGUAAGGGAAUGUUAUAUUAUUUAUUGAGGCAAAGAGUGCAACCAAACAAAACUUUUCAGAUGCUUCAGAUAAUCGGGAAAUAUAUCAAGAGCCAUUUUAAUAUGUGAUCAUUAAGCUCAAUGCUUUUAGCUCAAUGCUCUCUAAAACAAAUCUUAAAUUUAAAAUGUAAUUGUGAAAAAAAUACGAUUGUUGAUACAAUGAUAUGUUCAACGUAAUAUUAAUUGUUGUGAAAAAAAUGAUUUAUAUUAAUAAUAUAAAAAAUUGAUAAUCUGUUAUAAUUUUCGUUAAAUAAAAGAAAGUAAAUUACAUAUA